AGCUCACCGGAAUAAGGAUGGCAAGAUAGGGCAUGAUAGAAAGCCAAGAAGAAGAGGGACUACUUUGAUAGCCUAGCUUGAUGUAAGAUAUGGAUCUAAACCUUCGAAAAAGGUAGGAAUGAGAUAGUUGGGUUUUCGUGGCACUCUUUCUCUUACUCGAGAGCAGACUUCUGCCAUGGGACUUUAGGAUUUUUUCAUUCCUGAAAGAAAAGGGACGCAAGCUAUGUCAGUUGACCAAUGGAAUGCUACUGAAGGGAUGAUGAAAAGUGGUUCUGAGUCCUCGAGGGCAAGUGAGACUGGGAUGACAUACAAGCAGGUAUUGCAGAGUCCUCCUGGAAUGACUAGACUGGUUGAAAACCUUCAGGCAUAGGAUGUGUGAGAGCUGUUCGAAUCUCCUCCAUGCAGAAUUAUUUGAUUCUGGAGCCAUCCAGUUGGGUUCUGCCAUAAAGGAUGCUGCUCAGAGGUUGGUCCCCAAGCAGCCAGUUCUGUCACUUGGGGGGCAGCAUAGGAGAACUUUUUUGCAGCUUCGGAACUUCAAGAGCGGAAGACCUACACCAAAUCCGCUGGCAAUGUUUGGGAAGAUGCCUAACUUUCCAGAGAAACCUAGGAUGGUUAAGGUCCCCAUUCCACCUGCUGAUCAAUGGCUGUCUGCUGUCCAUAAAUCCAAGUCUGAGUUCUGGUCAGUUUGGGUGACUGUGCCCCAAUAGAUGGGGGUCUUGAAUGAGUCCGCUAGCUAGCUUCCUAGAAAGAAGCACGAGCGUCACGCUUUGAAGCCCCGCUAUCGGGAGGAAGAAGACUCUUGUACUUACAGACAAGAAGCGUGGGCCUCUUCGAUAGAAGCACUAGAGCGGUGUGAUUCAAUUCUACUCGUUCUAGAUAUACAUGAAGUAUAGAAUCGAGGUCGCUGGGAUCAAUGAAGAAUUUUGGAUCUUCUGUAACAUGAAAACAUUUCAUUAACUAGAACAUGUCAUGAACAUUUGUUUAGUCUAGAACAUUUUUUGAAGUAUGAUAUUCAAAUGAGGCGGAAAUAAGAGAACGGAUCUCCUGUUGUUUGUACCAUUGAAUUGAGUAGUUGAAUAAAUGUAGCUAACGAACGAUGGAAGAAUCGAAGAUGUGCCGCUCCUGUUAUUUUGCAUUUGCAUUCUGUUGUUUGAGACCUUGUUCUUUGAAAAGAUCGAACGAAUGCAGCUAUGUUCGACUGAUUUUGAUUGAUUUGAAUCCGGGUAAAAUGCGCUUUCAUUGUUUUCGCACUAGGCGAGAUGAAUGAAAACAAGGCCAAUUCAAUAGCUGCAAAGCACGUAACUACUUUACCUAAAGCAGUGGGCUUCGAACUGGCAAUUCAAUCUUUCUUCCCAUCGCCAUGGAGCUUAGUCCCGUCUUCGACUCUAUCCAGUCGACUUUUUUUCGAACCAGUACGGGGAAAAACCUUCAUUAUCAUGAAAGGUACGGGAACACAUAAGCAAGAACGGCGGGAAAGCGAUUAAGGCAAGGGGAAAAAAUUCCGUGGUUCGGGGAAGUGACCCUAGUAGUGUGUAGGUAAGGGAAUAAUAAAGCUUACCUGGAAAAAAGGCAAGGGUGUACAAAGCCAUAGUUCGGGGUUCUCGCCAUCGACUCGGUUGCUUUCCUUCUCAAUACCGGGGCAAGGGCUCCUUCUUUAGCUAUUAGCGCCCGUGGAGAUUGUUUGGUUUGGCCUUUACCGGGGCCUCCACUACAGUAUACUAUAUAGAUAGGCUAAAGCCCCUCUUUCACAGUCGUUUCACCCCGGAGAAACCGAAACAUAGCCCUUCUCAUUUACAUGAAAAGCUGUUUCACCCAAUUCGUACACGGCAACUAUUGCUUUCCUCGAAGUCAAUUCACCGACGCAAGCAACCUCAUCAACGGGAUCGCCCGACAACGAACUCUUUGUUCGGUCAGCGAGUGAGAGGAGGAGGGGGCCCCUUACGAGGGGAAGAAGGGACAUGGUUAUUAUUAUUACCCGCCGCACCAAUAAUACGGGAGAAGGGAAAUCAAGCAAGACCUGUGAAUCCUAAGAAAAGAGUUCUGAGGAAUGUGAGAUGCGUAGGGAUGAGAUAAGCGUUGGCUAAGAAUAUAUAAGGGAAGCGGAAACUGCCCACAGAAUCCUGGAAAAUGGGCUUUUGACCUGGCUAGCGCUAUUGCUUUGCAAGGUAAGGAAAUGUUCAACUCGUCUGCUUGAAAUCGAUAGAGUUGAGAAGCGUCUGCUAAUCAUGGUACGAGUUCUCUCUUUAGGUCAGUCUGAUGUUCAAGUAUCAAUGAAAGUCUUAUUUCAGCGAAUGCAGUAAGGCUAACAGCUGGCUCUGGCUGAUUCGAUGCCAUCUAUGAAUCCUUCCCUCCCUCCAUCUGCAGCCUUUAUUGCCUUUAUUCUGUGUCUUUUCUCAUUCAAAAUGCAACUUUGAAAUUGCGUAGGUGAUGGCAGAAAAUCCAUCCAGAAAUUACGUAAGGUGAUAGAAAGAAUCCUUCAGUAGGCUAAUCUUGACAGUUUUCAUUUUCGAUUGAGAAAGCGGCAGGCCCAAAGAGCACUACAGUAGCGCCUUGCGAGGUCGUAGAGCCGGUAACCCUCGUUCGCCUAAGAUCGAAAAUGCUCUGUCUUUGAGGAAAAAGAGAUAUAGAUAGUGUUCCAGGAUUUCAUUGUUUUGAGUCUUUACUUAACUCGACCGCCUUUCUACUCCCAUGCUUUUCUUUGGUCAACAACCAAGCACAUUUCACAAGAGUUCUUCACUACUCCUACAGGCUUGACGGAGUUCAGAGUUCAGUCUGUCUGGAGGGAAUUAUUUUGGAUCAAUCACUAUGUUUAACAACGUUCGACGCAUCUCUUUAUUUGAUGAGAAGAGUCUUAACUCAACUUCGAGUGAUACAGCUUCUAUGUGGAAUGAUUUUCCAUCGGUCCCUUCUGACCUGCCACCCUUACCAGCCGACUCGGUUCCAUCUGUCCCCUCAUUACCUUCCAUAGCAAGUGAUGUUGAGGUGGAGCAGCCGGCUCCUUCUAAUUAUAAUUACGAGACUCAUGGUAUUGAUGAGGAUCAUCCGGGUCUUAACCCGGACAGUGAACGUAUAGUAGAGCUUCAAUCUGAUAUACACGAUAAAUUGGGAGAGUUGAUGACUAACAAGAGUGACCAAGACGUUCUGAGUGCGGCCGAAGCUUUACAUGGCGAAAGCAACAAUAUCCCUUUUCUGGAGCACCUGUUAGAUGAUUUGAACAAAAACGGAAUAGAAGGUGAAGCCUAUAAGGAUGCCCUAGAUCUAUCGAAUAGGUUGGGUAUAUUACCCGAUAAAGCAGCUUUGUGUGAUGCAGCGGAGCCAUGGCAAUUAGGAUUUCAAGACGCAGCAAGUCCUAUGAUGCAAGGAAUAAUCGAUUUACAUCACAAUAUCUUUUUCUUCCUCAUUCUGAUUUUGGUUUUCAUAUCACGGAUCUUGGUUCGCGCUUUAUGGCAUUUCCACUAUCAAAAAAACCCAAUCCCGCAAAGGAUUGUUCAUGGAACUACUAUCGAGAUUCUUCGGACCAUAUUUCCUAGUAUCAUCCCGAUGUUCAUUGCUAUACUUUCAUAUGUUCUCUUAUCCUCCAUGGGCGGGGCCCUCUCGCCAUUGAGUGCUGAGUGUGCGUCCUCCCCCUCCGUAAAUGGGUCGUCCAGUACCGGCUGGACGUCGUUACUGGGGAGCACCUCAUAGGAACCAUCGGGCGUC